AUGGUCAAGAUCGCCCGCGCGACGAUCCACUCCCGGCCGGAGCUGUCGUUCGAAGAGCACGAAACGGCGGAUUACAUCGCCGCACAGCUUACCGAAGCGGGAAUCCUGUUCCGCAGGAUCGCCGGAACGGGUAUCCUGGCGCGCAUCGAAGGGCACGGCGACCUGCAACGCUGCGUGGUGCUCAGGGCCGACACGGACGCGCUGCCGAUCUGGGAGGAAACCGGACUCGAAUGCGCCUCCCGGCACGACGGAGUGAUGCACGCCUGCGGGCACGACAUGCACACCGCCUGCCUGCUCGGCGCGCUGCUCGUGCUGAACCGGCACAAAUCGGAGAUCGCCGGAACCGUGUUCGGGCUGUUCCAGCCCGGCGAAGAGGUUUGCCCCGGAGGCGCGUCGAUGGUCAUGGCAGAAGACCCGUUCCGCGAUUACCGGGUGGUCGCAUUCGUCGGGAGCACGUCGCCCCGGAAUGGCAAAGUACACGGCACCGGCGGCCACGGCGCCCUGCCGCACACGAUGACCGAUCCGGUCGUAGCCGCCGCCGCGCUGAUCACGUCGCUGCAACAGGUGGUCAGCCGCAACAACAACGCCACGAUCCCGACCGUGCUGUCGAUCGGGCGGGUCAUCGCCAACGGAGCGACCAACGUCAUUCCGCCGGUCGUACAAGUCGCCGGGACGCUGCGCACGAUGGACGAACGGUGGCGCGCGCAGGCCAAACGGCGCAUUCACGAGAUCGCCGCCGGAGUCGCCGCGGCCCAUUGCGUUACGGCCGAAGUGAAAAUCCCGGAAGGAUAUCCGUGCGUGGUCAACGAUCCGGCGCUGACCGUCCGCGCCCGCAGCAUCGCCGCCAAACUCUGGGGCAAGGAGCACGUCGAAGAGCUCGACCUGCGGAUGACCGCCGAAGAUUUCGGCACCUACACGGAACGCUACCCCAGCCUCUUUUUCAGGCUCGGCACCGCGCGUAAAAACGGCGAAUGCGGCGGCGCGUUGCACACCGCUACGUUCAACCGGACGAACAAGCGCUGGAUUACGGCGUGGUCACGAUGGCCGUAUUCGCCCUGGAGUUUCUGCAAUAAUCCGCCAAAUUUAUUCGUUGUUAACUUGACUCGUAUAUAG